AUGGACAGACAAACUGACAGAGAUGUGCCUUUCAUUUGUUUAGAGCAUAAAAAUGCGAAAAACAAAGAAGAUGGAUUUGUAUGUACCAGUAAUUAUGCUCUCGAAAAAUUACCUUAUAUUCAAGGCGCCGACUUCACCGGUCACGUGGACGACCGCGGAAUUGCCGUGAAAGUGUCUCUCGACUACACUCAGUCGGAUAUUGAAGCAGUGUACCAGGCUAUAGCAAGCGGUUUCACGUGA